AUGUCCAAGGAGAACGUCGUUGUUGACAUCGAGGCGGGUGUGCGAGACGGGGACAGCAGUGACGGUGUCAUCCUUGAUGUCGCUGCCGCUCGCUCUGGUGCUGCUGACGCCCUCAAGACAGCGCCAGACGGCCAUACCAUACUCGUUCCCCAGCCUUCAGACUCCUCGGAAGACCCCCUAAAUUGGCCGUCAACGAAGAAGUGGAUAGUCCUUCUCAUCAUCUCCUUUGCUGCCUUCUUGCCAGACUAUGGCUCUGCUGUUGGCGCUGUUACCCUCCUCCCACAGGCCGAGAUAUGGAAUAUGACACCGGAUGAGGUCAACCACUCCCAGGCUGGCAAUGUCUUCAUGCUUGGAGUCGGAGGCCUUGUUACUGUCAUUUGCUCGGCCUACUUCGGACGUCUUCCGGUCCUCUUCUGGUUCAUGGUCGGUGCAGUGGCUACUGCCAUCUGGUGCACAGCUGCCCAAAGCUUUGAGUCCUUCAUGGCUGCGCGCAUCCUCAACGGUUUCUUCUCUACUGUGGCACAGGGAGGCGGUCUCAUGUUCAUCAACGAUAUCUUCUUCUUCCAUGAACAUGCCCGGAAGAUCAACAUUUGGUCUAGCUUUAUUAUUGUCUCACCCUAUCUCGGCCCCCUGCUUACGGCUUUCAUCAUCAACACCCAGAUAUGGCAAUGGGCAUUCGGCGUCUACUCCAUAGAAACCGGACUCUGCUUCAUCGCCAUCAUUCUAUUCAUGGAUGAGACCUACUAUGACAGGAAGCUCCCCGUAGACCAACGACCAGCCCGGAUCUCCCGCUGGAAACGCCUCAUCGGCACUGAACAAUGGCAGUCCCGUCACCAGCGCAACAGCUUCAAGGACGCAUUCCUACGGCCCUUCAUCGUUAUUGCGAAACCAGCCAUGUUCAUCUCCUGCAUCGUCUACCUCCUCACUUUUGCUUGGGUCGUCGGCAUCAACACCACUCUUGCCAUCUUCCUCGUGCCCGUCUAUGGCUUUGGUCCAAAACAGAUCGGAUUUUUCUAUUUCACUCCCGUUGUUGCUGCUAUUCUAGGCGAGAUCGUCGGUCACUGGUUGCAUGAUCGUGUGGCUAGCCUAGCCGCUUCCCGCAACCAAGGCCGCUUUGAGCCCGAGGCUCGUUACUUGGUUACCUGGAUCAGCACCCCUUGCAUUUGUGCCGGUCUCAUCCUUCUUGGCUUCGCCCUGGAGCGGGAAUACCACUAUAUGCUUGCCUCCUUGGGCUGGGGCCUCUACGUCUUCGGUAUCAUGAUUACUACGGUUGCUACCAGCGCUUACGUUCUAGACAGUUAUCCAGAAGCCAGCGGUGAAGUCGCUGCUUGGCUUAACUUUUCCCGCUCCACUGCCGGUUUCAUUGUCAGCUACUUUAUGGUUCGUUGGGCUGGAGACCAAGGACCCAUCCGUCAGUUUGGUGCCAUGACAGGCAUCUGCGGCUUUGCCUUCGUGAUGCUAUUGAUAUUCCAGUUUUUCGGCAAGAGAAUCAGACGCUGGGCUGGUCCGGUCAACUUUAAGACGCUCUAA